CGGCGCGCGGCUGAGAUGGGCGAGACCAUGUCCAGGAGACUCAAGUUCCAUCUGGGCGGCGAGGCGGAGAUGGAGGAGCGGGCGUUCGGCAACCCGUUCCCGGACUACGAGGCCGCCGCCUCCGCGGGGCCCGCCACCGGAGGGGCCGAGGACGCGGGCUGCGCUCGCCCCCCGCCCGCGACCGACGAGCUCGGCCUCCCUUUUCGCGACGACGGAAAGAUUGUUCAGAAUUUCACAAAGCGAAUCCAGACCAAAAUCAAAGAUCUUCUACAGCAAAUGGAGGAAGGGCUAAAAACAGCUGAUCCCCAUGAUUGCUCUGCUUAUACUGGUUGGACAGGCAUAGCUCUUUUGUACCUACAGUUGUACCGGGUUACAUGCGACCAGACCUACCUGCUCCGAUCCCUGGAUUACGUGAAGAGAACACUUCGGAAUCUGAACGGCCGCAGGGUCACUUUCCUCUGUGGAGAUGCUGGACCCCUUGCUGUAGGAGCUGUGGUAUAUCAUAAACUCAAAAGCGAUUGCGAGUCCCAGGAAUGCAUCACAAAACUUUUGCAGCUCCAGAGAACCAUCGUGUGCCGCGAUUCAGACCUUCCUGAUGAGCUGCUUUAUGGACGGGCAGGUUAUCUGUAUGCCUUACUCUACCUGAACACGGAGAUCGGUCCAGGCACCGUGUGUGAGUCAGCUAUUAAAGAGGUGGUCUGUGCUAUUAUUGAAUCAGGCAAGACUCUGUCAAGGGAAGAAAGGAAGGCUGAGCGCUGUCCGCUGCUGUAUCAGUGGCACAGGAAGCAGUAUGUAGGAGCAGCCCAUGGCAUGGCUGGAAUCUACUACAUGUUAAUGCAGCCAGCAGCAAAAGUGGACCAAGAAACCUUGACAGAAAUGGUGAAGCCUAGUAUUGAUUAUGUGCGCCACAAAAGAUUCCGAUCUGGGAAUUAUCCGUCAUCAUUAAGCAACGAAACAGAUCGCUUGGUCCACUGGUGUCACGGUGCCCCAGGUGUCAUCCACAUGCUUAUGCAAGCUUACAAGGUCUUUAAGGAGGAGAAAUACUUGAAAGAUGCCAUGGAGUGUAGCGAUGUCAUUUGGCAGCGAGGUUUGCUUCGGAAGGGCUAUGGGAUCUGCCACGGGACAGCUGGGAAUGGCUACUCUUUCCUGUCCCUGUACCAUCUCACGCAGGAUAAAAAGUAUCUCUACCGAGCUUGCAAAUUUGCAGAGUGGUGUCUAGAAUAUGGAGCACACGGGUGCCGCAUUCCUGACAGACCCUAUUCUCUCUUUGAAGGCAUGGCCGGUGCCAUUCACUUUCUCUCCGACAUCCUGGCACCAGAGACCUCACGGUUCCCGGCCUUUGAACUUGCUCCUCCGCAGAGGGACAGAAAGAUAUAAAGUGACCCCUAAGACACCUGUUCGGACCAGAAGCCAGAUUGCUCAGUGCCUGACACAGAACCAACUGUGAAUCCUGAAGAAGGAAAAAAGGAGAAGCACACACCUUCCCGGGCCCCUGUGUUGCAGAGACCCUCGUGUUCGAGCAUGGACGACAGAAACCAUCCCAUCAACGUUUUGUAGCAGUGUCCCCCUCACUGGUGUAAAAUACGAAUUCUUCACACCCAGCCUUCCGCAGCAUUUGCAUGUUUCUUGGUGUUUGUUGUCUGUAGGUGUAAGUUGUUCCAAACAGAAAGCCCUGCUCUUGCCAUGAGCCCUGAGCUGGCCGUACGCGAGAGCACGGCAGCAACCCCUUCUCUGUACAUAAUACCUAAAGUGAGGUGUCUUGUGUAUUGGCAGGGACUAGUCAAUGGUGUCUCUCUUACGUGUCAGAAAGCUUCUUGAAGGUGAUGUCCUGGUGAUACUUUGUCAGCGCUCCUGUGAGUACCGUUCAGACAAGCACGAGGCAGAGACCGUUCCAAACGCUGAAAAGAAACAGAACAGAUAAGAGGGCUUUUGCUGGAAUGGCUGGGGGUGCGGGUUGAGCCGUUGCACAGGGUAGCUGAACGCUCCCACUUUGUGUCUUGUGUUCACCCUCAGUGUUUUUACGAGGCCACCGGGCAUGCAGGGCAGCUCUCCCGGGGCUCCCUGUCCUCAGCACAAGUGUCGGGCCCCUGUAUGGGGCUCCUGGGGCUCCUUUGGUCCCAGCACCCUGGGCAGUGGGCUUGGUGGCAGAGAACAUUCAAGGGAAGCCCUUUCAUGGCCACAUUGUAAGUCAAGCAGCAGUGAUGAAGCUUUGGAAUUCUACAUUUGGUUUAUGGUAUUAAAAUUGACGGCACCUCAAUUUUAUCAACAUCAUAACAUUAUUAAGUUCAGUGGAUGCAAUUCCAGGUGGCGAUAAGCAGAUAGUCAACUGUUCCCAUGUCCUUACAAUUAAACUUACUGCAAAGUUU